CAUCCGACUCAUGUCCACCACCACAACCAUCACCACACUAACACACGGCGAUCAAUCUUAACUAGCUAAUUAGCUAGCUAAGAUGGCUGGGCAGAAGCUGGUGUUAGUGCUCACCAUUUUGGUGGCCGUGUGCAGCUUGGCCGCCGCCCUAGACGCGAAGCCGAAGGGGCCUCCGACGCCGAAGCUGCCGUCAAAGUACCAGACGAUCCAUCCCGGGAAGUCCGGUAAGAGGAACCAGGUCGCCGCCUGUGACGAUCCCAAAGACAAGAAGAAGCCAUGCACGGCCAGCUGCCCCAAGAACUGCCCCGACGAGUGUAUCGUCUACUGCGAAGCCUGCAUGACAUUCUGCUUGUGUGAUUUCUACCCCGGCAUGUCCUGCGGCGACCCACGCUUCACCGGCGCUGACGGCAACAACUUCUACUUCCACGGCAAGAAGGACCAGGAUUUCUGUAUAGUCUCGGACGCCGAUCUCCACAUCAAUGCCCACUUCAUCGGCAAGCGUAACCCUGCCAUGAGCCGUGACUUCACCUGGAUCCAGGCCCUCGGCAUCCGCUUCGCUGACCACAGCCUCUACAUGGGCGCUCAGAAGACCAUCAAGUGGGACGACGAUAUUGACCACCUUGAGCUGACCUUCGACGGAAGGCCCGUGACCAUCCCCGAUGAGACUAAUGGGCAGUGGCAAUCCAAGGCUGUGCCUGCUUUGACCAUCACCAGGACUUCCAUGAACAAUGGUGUCAGGGUUGAGCUUAAGGGAGUGUUCGACAUCUUGGCCAAGGUGGUGCCCAUCACCGAGAAGGACUCCCUAAUCCACAACUAUGGAGUGACAACGGAUGACAGCCUUGCACACUUCGAUAUCGGUUUCAAGUUCUAUGACCUCACCGAUGACGUACACGGUGUGCUAGGCCAGACCUACCGCACGAACUACGUUAACAUGCUCAGUGUGACCGCCAACAUGCCGAUCAUGGGUGGUGCCCCCAACUAUGUCUCCUCCAACAUCUUCGCCACUGACUGCAAGGUCACCAGGUUCGGUCGCAAGGCCGAAAUUUCCAUGAUCACUACCACGGCCAGUUAAAAAACAACACGCUUCCAUGGCUAGGCCCUGAUCCCCAUCCCGGAAAUAAUUAAGUUUUUCUGUAAGAAUAUGUAUCGAUGCCAACAUGAUACACAAGGCACAUGUAAUCUAAAUACACAUGAUCAAUAGUAGACAUAAUUUGUGUAAUUGCUAUUGCACAUGAAAUAAUUAAGAAAGGCUAAUG